AGAGAUUGUUUUUAUUUUCACGUUUUUUUGAAGUAAAUGAGUCAGGAGGGAUUGAUCUUACAGAGGAGAACCUCUUAGUUCCUCGUCUGUUAUCCUAAAACAGGACUAGAUAUGUGUCCAGACACCGUCAAACUGUCUGAGUAUGUGUUCACUGAUGGCUUUUACACUAACUAUCAUCAUCAGUGCUCCGUGGCAAAGCAGAAGAUUAGAUACCUGUCUGCUCUGUGUGAUUGCAGCGGGCUCUCACUGCUCUCAGACCAGUUGGAACCUUCAAGUUUCUGAAUUGUGUGCAUAGGUUAUUUGUUAUGUAUAUGAUGGAGAAAAACCUUUCCAGAAUGUCACUCAGUUUAUAAUACUGCAAAAUAUAUAAAUACUGCCAUACUUCCAUGGGUGAUAUUACAGACGUAUAGAAAUAACAGUUGUCCUCAGGCUCUGCUCACCUGACUGUAUGUUUGUUUUCUAAGCUGGCUCAGGUUAUGUGACUGGAUCUGUUUUAAUGCACCACCUUCCUGGUUGGCUCUGGUUCAUAAAGUUGUCACAUGUCUCACUCACACACCUGCUUGUUACACAUUGUGCAUCUUGGCCCAGCUGUGAUUGGUUGACACUGGAGGUGACGAGAGUUCUCCUGACUUUCUCUUCAGCAGUAGGACGUUAUACAGUCAGACUUUGCUGGAGGUUCUGGUGUUGCCUGUGUGCUGUGAGUCAGCUGCAAGGGGAACAGCCAGAGAGACUGCCGGGACAGGAGGUGAGCGUUCUGACCGACCAGGUGGAGGCCCAGGGAGAGAAGAUCAGGGACCUCGAGAGCUGUUUGGAGAAGCACAGGAAAAAACUGGCCUCCACAGAGAAGCUGUUGCAACAGGAGUUGAAGAGCAGGACCUCUUUGGAGUCUCAGAAGCUAGACCUGAUGGACGAGGUGUCCUCCCUCAAGCUGAAGCUGGCCAGCAUGGAGGAGACACACACCAACACACCGCCACAAGACACCAAGGACACCAAGCAGAACAAAGCCGAGUGUGUGGUAAAUCUCAUCAGUGAGCUCCAGGAGCAGAUGUGCAGGUUUCAGGAGGAGAUCGGCACUCGUAUCCAGGAGAAACGGGCCCUGGAGGAGAGGGAGGCCCAGCAGGGGCAGGCCAGAGGCAGCCAAACCCAGAGCUUCAGCCCUCAGGCUGGGUUAUCCGGCUCAGACCUGAGGCUGUCUGGCUCUGACGCCCGGAUGCACAAUGGAGGACAGACUGUACACGAUUUGCUACAAGAAGUGAAACAGCUGAAGAGCAGAGUAGAAGAGCUGGAGGGAGAGAAGGGCCACUAUGAGAGGAAACUAAGAGCCACCAAGGCUAAGAUAUCAGAGCUGCGGCAGCUCGUGGCCUCCAAAGACGGUGAGAUUGAAUGUCUGCAGACCCAGCUGCUGGCCAGAGGCAGCACAGCCAAUGACAACACAGAGAGAGGUCUGGGAGGCGGGGCUAAAGGAAGGCUCUUUGGGCCCAUGGAAGAGGAAACGGUGAAGAAGAUCUGUGUAAUGAAUGAACGGAGCCUCCAAUGCUGUUCUCUUUAUCCAUCCAUGGAUAAAUGCUCUCCCAGCUACCAGGAAUACCAGAGGCUGAAGGUGGGGAUGGAGUCUUUGUUGGCUUCAAAUGAGGAAAAGGAUCGACAUAUAGAGGAGCUGACCAUUCUGCUUGGACAGUACAGAAAAAUGAGGGAAGUCAUGGCUCUCACACAGGGGAGUAGUGAAGAGGAGCUGAGUCGCGGUCUAAGACUCGGAGCCAUCACACACAAAGCAAAAUCUGAUUCUGUCAGGUCAGAGAUGUCAUCUAGAGGGUCUUCUCCACUGAUGCUUUCUUCAUCUCCCUACCAGAGAGAACUGGACUCCAGUCUCCAGAACUUGAUGGACACUUCGCUGGUGUCUCCUGGCGAAAUAAGCUCCUUUAUUGGCUUUUGGCCUCGGUGCAAGUUGCUGUCCAGCAGUCUGGAAGAACUGCAGAGUGGAUCGUUUCAAAAGAAUGCUCACAUGGAGCUGAGCAUGUACCAGACUCUGCCGGGGAAACUGAAAGGUAAAAAGAGCGAGCUGAGAGCCGAGCUGAACAAACAGCCAGAUGGAGAGAAUGCAUCUCCUGUCCACAGCCAGGACCAGGACUACAGUCUCAGACAUCCAGAGAAGCUGGAGGAGUGUCUUCUGUCAGACCAGUCCCACCUGUCCUCUGGAGUGGACUCAGGACAGCAGUCCCCUGUCUCACCAGAGAACAGGAAGACUCACAGAGGCAUUAAGAAAUUCUGGGGGAAGAUCCGUCGCAGCCAGUCAGGCAAUCCUGCCCAGGUCCAUGACCCCGAGCUGGGAGAGUUUCGGAGGGGAGGCUUCAGAGCUACAGCUGGACCGAGACUGGCCCAUCUAGGGAACACACGAGACCUGAAGUUGCCUUUUUCUAAGUGGAGCACAGAGCAGGUGUGUGGCUGGCUCGAGGAAAUUGGACUGGGCCAGUAUGGCAUUCUUGCUUGCCACUGGGUCACCGACGGUGAUACUCUACUGUCGGCCACCCUGCAAGACCUAGAGAAGGAAUUGGCGAUGAAGAACCCGCUCCACAGGAAGAAACUCCAGUUAGCCAUCAAGACGUUCAGCAACGGGCAGCCUGAGAAGUCUUCAGAGCUUGACUACAUCUGGGUCAAUCGUUGGCUCGAUGACAUCGGACUCCCUCAAUACAAAGACCAGUUUAAUGAAGGAAGGGUUGAUGGGCAGAUGCUGCAGUACCUCGCUGUGAACGACUUGUUAUUUCUAAAAGUGACCAGUCAGCUGCAUCACCUCAGCAUCAAGUGUGCCAUUCAUGUUCUCCAUGUCAACAAGUUCAGCUCCAACUGCCUCAAACGCAGGCCCAGCCAUGAGAACCAGUUCACGCCCAGUGAGGUGGUCCAGUGGACCAACCACCGGGUCAUGGAGUGGCUGAGAUCUGUGGAUCUGGCCGAGUACGCACCAAACUUGAGGGGCAGCGGCGUGCACGGAGGGCUGCUGAUGCUGGAGCCUCGCUUUAACUCAGACACGCUGGCCCUGCUGCUGAACAUCCCUCCUCAGAAAACACUGCUGAGACGCCACCUCACCACCAACUUCAACAACCUAGUGGGAGCACAGGCUCACCAGGAGAAGCGGGAGUACACUGAGGCACCGGGGUACACCCCACUCAGCAUCACAACUAAAGUCAAGCUGAAGAAGUUGGGCCUCUCUAACUUGACCCACCUGAGGAGGAGGAGGCGGCCGGAUGAAUCCAGAGACUACGUCUGUCCAAUCGAGUCGUCCUCAUCUCAGUCAGGACAGUCUGUAGUGAACGGGGUGCCGGUGCUGCCCUACGCCGGCUUCAGAGGCUUGAGUCCGAUCCUGGACAGAGAGCCUGCCCGCUCCAGGGACCAGGUGGGGCUCGACCACAGCAGAGCUGACCCAUCUCCAUGACGACAACGUGACAACAACAUGUGUUCUGUCAAUCGCUGUCACUGCUACUACUCUGAUUCCUAUUCUUGCGGCCCAUACUACCUCCGUCCGUCCCCUGUACUCCUCUAGAACCCUGUGCCUUACGAGUGAAGAGAUUCACAGACGCCACACGGCUGCUUCUACUGACACCAUCAAUCUAUACACUCAUUACCUGCCUUCCGUCUCCAACCUGUGCCAUGAUGGAGCUCAUCAUGAGAGAACACAGCCUCUCUCUGACAUCACUUCCUGUGAUCAGUAUAUAUGGAUAGCUCUUGCUGUACAGUAUUAAGCCAUUACUCAAACGUGUGUGCAUCACCAGUAGAUAAUUUUGUAUGUGUGAGUCAGUCAUCCCAUCAUUUAUCACUUUUAAUACCCUUCUGUUACAUGGUUGAGAUGAACUUGUGCAAUAUUUGCAUAAUAUUAUAGAGGGCUUUAAUUUCAUAUUUAUGUAAUUGCAGAGCUAAUUAUUAAACGGCAUGUUAAGUUUGAA